AUGCACCCGCCCGGCCCUGGGAAGCGCUGCCGGUGCCCAGAGGGGCUGCUGCCAUCCCGGGAGCACCACAGAGCCGCUCUUGUUCUUUCCUCUUCAAGUGCCUACAAGAGGUUCAGUGAACUGCUGCCAAAGCAGGAGCGGGAGAACGCCUGCUCCGCGCGGGUUCCCAAGAGCCACAUCCUGACGCUGCCUGAGCUGCGGGCAAACCCCUUCCAGCACCGGAUCUGCCAUGUGUUCUCCACCUCGGAGGCCGGGGACAACAGCAUGUCCUUUGAAGACUUCCUUGAUAUGCUGAGCGUCUUCAGUGACUCUGCCACCUUCGACAUCAAAUCCCACUAUGCCUUCCGCAUCUUUGACUUUGACGACGAUGGGACUCUGGACAGGAAGGACCUGGAGCAACUGGUGAACUGCCUGACGGGGCAGGGCGAGGAGUCCCGGCUGAGCAGGGCGGAGAUGGAGCAGCUCAUCCAAAACAUCCUGGAGGAGUCUGACAUCGACAAGGACGGCACCAUCAACCUCUCCGAGUUCCAGCAUGUCGUCUCCCGCUCCCCAGACUUUGCCAGGUGCGGUGGUGCCCAGCAGCACAGCCUAUCCCGGGGCCUGUCUGGGGGUUCAUUGUCCCAGUUGCUGAGCUGGGGCAGAGCUCAUGGUGGCAGGAGG